UCUUCUUUUUCAAUUUCAGUUACUUGAGAAGAGACGCUAUGGAAACGUUGCUCCACUACCGUUUGACAGUACGUCUGACAUUUCUAUCAAAAAAUAUGCAAUUUGCAAAUGGCUGCCCUCCGAACAGAGGGAAUUCAUUGAUCUGUGAGAACUUAAAAAACCCUUUCCUUGGAGCUACUGCAAUUGAUUUGCUACUCCUAAUUGCUCCAGUGAUUCUUGACCAAGAGUUUAAGCAAAAGAAUAAAGAAUCAUGACCACUAGCAGUGAGGAUGUGUUGCUUCAAAUGGGCGAAGUGCGCUUCAAAAAGGGCGAUGGCACGCUUUACGUAAUGAACGAACGCCUCGCCUGGAUGGCUGAACAUCGCGAUACAGUGGCUGUGUCACAUCGAUUUGCCGAUAUAAAAAUGCAAAAAAUAUCACCCGAAGGAAAGCCAAAGGUACAACUUCAAGUUGUGCUCCACGAUGGGAACAGUUCUACGUUUCACUUUGUCAAUCGCAAUGGACUGCAAGCUCAGCUUGCCGACCGUGAUAAAGUUAAGGAAUUGUUGCAACAGCUCUUGCCAAAUUUCAAACGAAAAGUCGACAAAGAACUCGAGGAAAAAAAUAAAAUUCUAUCGGAGAAUCCAAAUUUGCUGCAACUCUACAAAGAUUUGGUCAUAACACAGGUGCUGACGAGUGAGGAGUUUUGGGCCACACACGCUAAAGAGUAUACGGCAAAGAAAAAUGCUAAAAAACAGGAAAUUGGUGUUUCGGGAGCAUUUUUAGCCGAUAUUAAACCACAAACAGAUGGCUGCAAUGGCCUGAAAUAUAAUCUCACAGCCGAUAUAAUUCAUUGUAUAUUCAAAACAUAUCCAGCAGUCAAACGCAAGCACCAAGAGAAUGUUCCAGGCAAACUGUCCGAAUCGGAGUUUUGGACAAAAUUCUUUCAGUCACAUUAUUUCCAUCGUGAUCGCAUCACGGCAGGGACCAAAGAUAUUUUUAGCGAAUGUGGUAAAAUCGAUGAUCAGGCUUUGAAAGUUGCUGUGCAACAAGGAUCCGGUGAUCCAUUACUAGAUUUGCGACAGUUCGAGGAUGUGCCUUUGGAGGAAGGCUUCGGUAGUGUCAGUGGUGACAAACAUCUUGUAAAUAGUGGAAACAUUGUCCAUCAAAAUAUGAUUAAACGAUUUAAUCAGCACUCAAUUAUGGUUCUCAAAACUUGUACCGAUGUUACAAAUCCAAAUAGCACAACAACAACACCCAAUCAAACCCCGUCGUCUGCCAAAGGAGACACCGGAAAAAACGAUUUGGGUCUGAACGGUUUGAGCGAGAAAAAACACAAGAGAGCCCAAGCAAAUGGAGAUUCUGUCAGUAGCAUACCUGCCGUAUGUAGUCCCGAGAAACAACCAAAAAGAAUGCGAAUCAUGGAGAAAAUAAGCUACGAAGAUCUCGGUGAUCCUGUGGUCGAUGAAGUCGACUGUGUAGUGCAGAGUGCGAGUAAAAAGUCCCAACAAUUAAAUCUAGCCAAAGGCGAGCGUUAUAUGCACGGACCCGUUCCUAUGUCACACCAAGAUACCCACGACGAUCCGAGAGAGCUCGACGAAACACAAUAUCAAUUAAUACGUGUCGCUGAUAGCUGGAACCACAGAAGCCAACAGCGAUGUCCUGUGAGCGCUACAGCGGCUGUCAAUGCUUUGGGUGAACUUAGUCCUGGAGGAGCCUUAAUGCGAGGUUUUCAAGAGCAGUCGUUAGCACAACUUGUCCCACCCGAUGUGGAAAAGGAUCUUCGGCAUUUAUAUCUUUCACUCAGUGAAUUGCUGAAACACUUCUGGAGUUCUUUUCCAACCACGACACCAGAACUGGAGACUAAAGCCGUCAGAAUGCACGAAGCAUUGCAACGUUUCAAAAUGGCUAAGCUAUCUCCGUUUGAAAAUCGUGCAAUGCGUGAACUUUCCCCAUUGGGAGCAUCACUGACGUUGCAUUUGAAUCAAUUAUUACAAUCGGCUGCAGCAAAGUUCGCCACAUUUCAAGAGAGGAAGAUGCGCCAACAUCGGUAGCAUAAUCGGAAUCAUUCGUCUACAAUGUUGCAUUGAAAGAGGAGACCAAUUUUUGUGUUUUUUUUUUAUAUAAAUCUUAUAAUUUCAAAUUCUCUUUUGUGUUUUGUACAAUCGUAUUUACAAAAAGGAAAAAAGAAAAAUCAAACAAAAACAACUUAUAUUCCAAAAAAAAUAA